GACCAUACUUAACAGUAGUAGACCGUAUAUAUAAACCCGCACUGAAAGCCCCCCUUCUUUCCUCCGUCGUCACUCAUGUAUUUCACACUCCUUUCCUCUCUCUUCCUCUCCAAGUUUCUCUCCAUAGCGUGACUCUCAAUCCCCGCCGUGUCCUCCUCCGAUCCUCUGUCCGAUUCCCCUUCCGAUCAUCAGGUUCGUCGGAGACCAGAAAGUUAGUGCAAACUACAAUGAGUUCAAGAAAAGGGGGUGGAAAGCCAUUUGUUGCUGGUACUGCUGACUCAUCAUCCAAGGGGAAAGGCACAUCUGAGGCCUCUGACCCAAAGGUGGAUCAGUUGAGUCAGGGUGUAGAAGAUGUCAGCCUUGAUUCUGCACAAGAUGGAAAAUGGGAGGUUUGUGUGAGGAAGCCCAAGAAUAAAGCUGGAAGCAGUGCUGCCAAAUCUUGGGUUGGACAGAAUUCCAAUCCUAAAGCAUGGGGACAUCCUGAUGCGGUUCAGAAGUCAGGCAUGCGGAGUAAUGGUGGAAAUAGCUGGCCAACACCUAAUGCUGAUCCUAGGAGGCCUGCUGGCAGAGGAAAUCCGAGGCCUCAGUCAUCUAGUAGAGGUUUUGAAAACAACUAUGUUGCAUCACAACCUGUUGUCCCUCCUCCUUUGGAACAUGGAUGGAACUGGCGUGCACGAGCUGCUUCUACUGAGUCCUCUGAAGAUGGCACAGGAAAAAAAGAGAUCCACUUGGAUCCCCAUUCUAUUGAUGAUGAUGAUGAUGACAAGAUUGUCAAUGAUGACGACUCGGAUGCAAUUGUUACUGACGAUGAACUAUUAAGUGAUGAAUUUGAUUCUGAUGCUAGUGAGAAAAGCCACGACUCUCGCAAGAAGAGUGGAUGGUUCAAGCCCUUCUUUGAUAUCUUGGAUAAGUUGUCUGUUGAAGAAAUCAUGGAACCAGCUAGACAGUGGCAUUGCCCGGCAUGCCAAAAUGGUCCUGGUGCAAUUGACUGGUAUCGAGGUCUGCAGCCUCUCACCACGCAUGCAAAGACCAAAGGAUCAAAGAGGGUGAGGGUCCAUAGAGAAUUUGCAGAACUUUUGGAUGAGGAGCUGCGCAGGCGGGGUUCUUCAGUCAUACCAGCUGGUGAAGCAUUCGGUAAAUGGAAAGGUCUUAAUGAGAUUGACAAUGAUCGUGAGAUAGUUUGGCCUCCCAUGGUUGUCAUUAUGAACACAAUACUUGAGCAGGAUGAAAAUGAAAAGUGGACAGGCAUGGGUAAUCAGGAGCUUCUCGAUUACUUUAGUUCAUAUGAUGCAAAGAAGGCCCGACACUCCUAUGGUCCACAGGGGCACCGGGGAAUGAGCGUAUUGAUUUUUGAGGGGACACCAAUUGGUUAUUUAGAGUCUGAGCGUCUUCAUAACCAUUUCUCAGAACAAGGAACAGAUAGGGAGGCUUGGGAUCAUUGUCGAAUCCUAUUCUAUCCUGGUGGGAAGCGCCAACUAUAUGGUUACAUGGCAGAGAAACGAGACUUAGAUAUCUUCAAUCAGCAUUCCCAAGGCAAAUCCAAACUGAAGUUUGAGCUGAGAUCAUAUCAGGAGAUGGUCGUGAACCAGAUGAAGCAAAUGGGUGAAGAUAAUCAGCAGCUGAUCUUUUUUAAGAAUAAGGUGGCUAAAGAGCAAAUGCAUUCGAAAGCUCUUCAAGAGACUGUUCAUUUGGUGACGGCAAGGCUUCGCAAGACAGAGGAGGAAAAUCGCAUUGUUAGGCAGAGAAGCAAAAUGCAUCAUGAACAGAACAAGGAAGAGAUGGACUUUCAAGAACAAUUCUUCAAGGAUCAGCUCAAAGUCAUUCAUGAAGCUAGGGAAGAAACAGAAGACAACUUUGAGAAGAUACAACAAGAAGAGCGAGAGAAGGUGAAACAAUCAAAUGCAAAUAUUUCUACGAGGGACAAGGAGAUAGCAGAAUUCAUCAAAUCCCAGGAGAAGGAGAUGGAAGAAUUUGUGGCAGAGAGGGAGAAACUGAUAUCAAUUCAUGAAGAUAAGAAAAUUGCCAUGAAGCGGAGGCAUUGGGAGGAAGAGGUUGGGCUGGAGAACGAGCUUACUGCUGAACUCAAACGGCUGAUGGACAAGUACAAUCCGCAGCACUCAGAGGAAGGCAACGACAAAGAUCUGUAAGACAUGAGAGAGUGAGAGAGAAACUAAAGCACAUCCAACACACUCUUUUUAACUCAAAAUUACUGAGAAACUUCAGAUAGUUUUGAAGAUCUCAACUUUGCGGAAACAAUAGUUUCAAAGAAUAUACAAAAUAGAAGCUAAAACUGGUCAUGGAGCUUGUCUACUACCAGGGCUUUACAUUUACAAGUUCUGCUCUUAUGGCUUUAGUUUUCUGCUUGAUGAAUGAAAUGUUUCCUUGAUUAAAAUUUUCGUAAUCUGCAUAUCAUAUCAAAUAUAUGGAUGCUGAUUAGCUUGUUGGCUGCCUAUUUUCAUGA